CUUGUGACGAUGAAUUAUUAAUCUUCUGGGAUUUCAAUAUUUGUCGAUGUGCUGGAGAAAUUUUUGAGGUGACUCUGGAGUCUAUGUGAAUGUACUUCAGAUGAGUGGAUUGAGGACGCAGAAUGGAGUCGAAGAACGGAACUGACGACUUUGUUACGGUAGUCAGUGUAGGAACUCAGCCAAAGAUUGAAAAUUUCGUAACUGUGCUGUCGAUCGGCAAUGGAAAGACUGAGGGACGUGCCAAUGGACUUGAAGGACAACUGGAUGAGGAAGUUGAGGUUUACAGGCUUCCUGGGGAGCGCUUGGGAUUUGGCCUCAAGUUUGAAGGCGGUAAUAAAACGUCGGAGCGUGUGAGAAGACUCUUUGUCCAGAGUUGCGCGGAGCACAGUCCUGCCAGCAGGACCAAGUGCUCCUGGGGGAGUUUGGGAGAGGGAGAUGAGAUUCUAUCCAUCGAUGGAGUACCAGUGACCCACAUGAGUCGUCUGGACUGCGUUCGUCACCUGAAAGAAUCUCAACUCGUGAUUAAAUUAAUCGUCCGGUGUCGAGGUGCUCUGCGACCAAAGGUGGUCAGUGCAGAGCGGAAGUCGAGCCCAGAGAAAACUCAGCCUCCCCCUGAAUUGCCGCCCCUCCCUCCACCCGUUCCCCCCCGAAAACUGAGACAGGCUCGUGGCUCGGCAGAUGGUGAUGCCAAUCCAAGUCCAGUGAAAAAAAUCCAAAAUGGACAUGUGAAUGGCCGCCGUGGAGGCCCUAAAUCCACGAAUAACGAUGGCUGUAAUUCAUCACCGAAAGCUAACAAUCAGAAAUCCCCUGAAUUCACAAAAAGUAAACAGGUAAAUCUUCAGGAACCCCCCGAAGCAAUGGUCUACCUCGACGCCCGUUCCCAGGACGGCUCCAGCACGCACGGAAGCACAUCCGACGACACAGGCAGUUCAAUGUCCACUGUAGUAGACAAAACCUCAGCCUUAGACUGUUUCUCGAGCGCCUCAACCACGUCAACAGCCUCCGAGAACCCUCCGGACAUCCCAAAGGACUCCCUCGACCUCCUGGAGGCCUUCGACCACUUGGACAAAGACUUCUGCACUCCCCCCGACUACUUGCUCAAGCGUCUAGCCAAUUCUGAGGCAGUGACCCACGUGGAAUCCAGAGGCGAGGCUGGGGCCGUCGUUGAGAAGGUCACAGCAGUGGUGGCCCCCAACACAGUCCUCAUAGAGGAAACGCUAACCCUCCAGCCUCCCCUCAGCUUCCAGGACGCCCCCCUCAGCUAUGCCCACGAAACGAGACCCGGAAUUUUCUACACAGCAGAUUUGGCAGCCGACUCGACCACCCACUUCCGUCCAAUUCGCGACGACGCCUCAACCGUUGAAUCCGUAAAUGGUGAUGCUGAAUCGUCUCAAAAAACCAACGCUACCCCAGCACCACCUCUACCAGUCCGUAACCAUGUUAAUAGAAUCCCAGUGAACCAGAUAUCCCAGGACUCUGUCUCGGAUGAUAAACCUGACAUCAGUGUAGCCGAGAAAACUGGUGAUUCAUUAGUAGUUCCACCAAAGCCAUUACCCCGUAAAGACUCAAAAUUAAAAAGAAAACGAUUGCCACCACCGCCACCACCGCCAACAGCGCCGAGACGUGAAGCACCACCUGUACCAGUUCGUAAUUUAGAAAUAUCAAAGUCAGUUGUUCGUGAAAAACCGGAGGUGGGUGAUGUCACGGGUUUAGAAAUCUCAUCGUUGCGCAAAGAGCAACAAGUUCCCUCGAUGGUUAAUGAACCAAUUGGAGGCCCAUCACAAUCACCCGAGGAUAAAACCAGGGAGUUUAAUGACUCAAUAACAGAUGAAAGUACUCCAGGAUCGAUAAAUAAUGACUCAAAAAACCCUGAAACCAUUCCGAAUGAGGAGGAAGAGGGACCGACAAACAAAGUCCUCGAGAUAAUCGAGAUGAAAAGAGUGAAAGCGUUUCUUGAAACCGAGCAUUCGCAGGAAAAAAUCCUACUGGGCCAAUCGAAAACGAUCAACAACAAUGAUAUCGAGUUUAUUGAAGAAAUUAAAGUUCCCAUUCUCCCGUCCCCCAGGCACAAGAAUUUUGGAAAUUCUACCAAAACGUUGACCCCGGAGUCCCCGGAUUUGAGCAGUCCGGAAGUGUGGGACGAGGCGAGAGAGCGCCGGGACGAUGAUUACGAUAGGAAAUACAGUGAAUCGGAUGACGAGGAGGAGGAAACUUACGCGUCAUUGGAUCAAAUUGAGGAUUUACAAUCGCCUGAAUCAGUGUCUAUAAUUAUAACUAAAGAAUUGGCGGACUCAGACAGUAGUUCGGAGAGUAGCGAGGACAAUGGCGAUGAUUACUACUGGCAGAGUAAUCUCGCAACGAUUGGCGAGGAGGAGGAGACACCUUCGCUCGAGUACACAGCAGUAAACAAAGAGCCUGAGGCCACCUCGAUCAUUGCUGAGCCAAGUGAACCAUCGAUUAGCCACAAUAACGAGAUAACCAGGGAGCGCGAUGAUACUGAACCGGUGAAGGAAGAGACGCCAAAAGCGGUGGAUAAAAAACAGGAUAAAAGCGCGGUAAAUGGUAGGAUGGACAACUGUGGAGGCGGUCAACGCCUGCCCCCGGAUGGGGACGAGUUUCCAGCGGCUUACCAAGAGUUCAGCGCCUCUGUACAGCAGUACCAAUACGUUGUAACACCGCGUACCACCACAAUGACAACGAAUGGUACAAUAAAUGAUACAGAAAAAUACGAAACAUCUAAACCAUCGCAAGUAACUGAGACCCGUAUAACAUCGCAGUACAUAGUAACGAGUAAGCCAGAUAUAUCCUUAAAACAAACAGACACAUUGAACAACGUAAAUUCCCACCUGGAAGAUAGCAAGAGAAAUCCCGUGACAUUUACGAAUACAUAUACGAGGGAUAAUAAGCAACAGUGUGUACAGGGAGUCGUGCUGACAGAAAAGAAAAUCGAGAUUGCUGGAUAUUAUCCGAAAGAAUCAAAGAUCGAUAAUGAAACGAGUGGUAAAGAUAAUCUGGACAGUCCUCCACCGUUGCCACUAACAGGACCACCUAGGUACGAGAAAGCACUGGUACAUGGUAGAAUUGCAAACGAGACGUGUGUUAAUUCGCGUAAAUUUUCAUUGAACGGUGAUCUGAGGCGUCAGGACGAUAAAUCUGAGAAAUCAGUGAGAGAUAAAAUAGCAAUGUUCUCCAAGGGCAGUAUAGAAUCACCCCUAUUUCCAAAUAAUCCGGUGACUAACGUCACUGUCACAUCGAGACGAUUAUCAAAGUAUAAAUCAUCGGAGGAUUUCUUUGUUGAUGAUGAUAAUAAGUGCAGCACGAUGCAGAACGAUCGUUGCUACAGCUCUUGUGAUCUCACGGAUUCUGGUAAAAGUCAUUCUGACGUAUUGACGAGCGGUGGGGGAACAGAGAGGCCGCCUUGUCUGCCAAGAUCAUCACCACCGGAGGAAUCAGUCAGCCGUGUCACGACACUUUUCACUAAGACAUCAACGAGUCUAAUGGCCACACAAAAAUCUGGAUUAUUGACUUCAUCGGCGAGUUUAACUGACGUUAAAUCUGUCAUUAAUCCGGCGAAUAUGAAUGGCGCUGGUGUAUUGUUGCAGGAGGUAAAGAAUAUGCCGGUAUUAACGAGGGCAACUAGCUUCUCCGGCGGAAUUUCUUACGGUGAAUUACCGCCUGCCAAUGGACAAGUAUCCAGGGCUAAUUCGCUUGCAUCGACAUUCCGUCGUACUGAGGAUAUGAGGAGAACCAGUUUGAAUCAAUUGAUCGAACAGAGAAGGAAAGGUAUUUCAAAGUUGAGGGGACUUGUUAUACCCGAGAAGGACGCUGUCCCUGUGGAUCAGCCGAUAAUCGAUCUUCCAGAAAUUAAAUCGAGGGAUUCUAUUCUAGUGCAACAGAAGGCGAGUCUAAUAGACAAAUGGGGUUCACAGGGCUCGCUAGCAAGCAAUACAAGUACCCAAAGUAUGCCAAUAAAAACGACAACGUUUAAAAUGCCAGCGCCGCAAAUCCUUCCAAAAUAUUCACCAGCCUUUAAACGCAAAAGUCUAACAGUUUAUGGCUCAUCAAAUGUCACAUCACCCUCAAGCCAACAGACUAGUCCAGCCUCCACAGUGACGCCCACUGAGCCCCCCAAGAGUUUAGAAAGUAUCUGCAGUCCAACGCGAAGUGACUACAGCUUUGAAUUUGUAUCAUCCAGUGUAUCACCCGAGAAUAUACGUAAUCGUCCGAGAAUUGGACAGAGAAAGACGCGUGGUGAUUACGAUGACUCGGACAAUGAUUCAGCAGUUAGUAGUUCUCAGAGUAGUAUAUCGAGGGGUUUCAGUCCGCCAACAUCGCCAGUACCAUCUGAUCGUUCAAAUCUGUCAUCCGACAGAUCUUAUCCAAUGAUAAUGGAUUCGAAAAAUUACUUAACAACUGACAGAGAGUAUUCCAAAACUGAGGGCUACACGGCCGAACGAAAUUACUUGAGUUCCAAUGGUUCGUCGAGUGGUAGCAGCAGUGGUAGUAACUCGAGUCACUGUGAUCCAAGGUCACCACCACCUGAGCACAACAUGAGAUUCACUGGAAUUCCACAACGACAGAUGCUUAAACGCUCGAGCAGCACUGAGACAAACUGCAGUACAUCGUCAACUCUGACCUCAGGCUCCCAGGCCAGCGCUGAGUCGUUGUCUAGACGUGUACUCAAGCCCCAGAGUGUCGAAGCCAUCAAUCGAAAGAACAUUCUUGCCAGCGCUAGGUGCAGAAGUGGCAGAGAUCUCAACGGUUCUCCCCUCAUUCAGCGUAAAUUCUCGGAUGACGAGGACAUUGCGAUUAAUCAACGCAAUGGUAAUUACGAGAAAAUAACAAAUGGCAAUUGUAACAUUGAGCCAACACAGCAGAGCGUCAAGAUAGCGUAUGUCGAGGUGAUCGAGGAUUUCGUGUGCAAGGACGAACCGAAGAUGGUCGAGUCCCCCAAGUAUCUUCCAAAGAGGACCACCUCAGUGCCAGCCCUGAGAGCACCCCCUAGGCCCGACAUUAUGCAGCCCUCUAACGACCUGAAGAACUGGGUGCGAACGGAAGUGGAGGCCUUAUUAAUAGAAGACAGCAAUCGUCUCGAAAAGUCCCAGGUGCCACAGACGAGAAUCCCCCGUACUCGAUCGUCAUUAACCCUCGACGAGGCAAACUCGACGGCCCUCUUGGGACCCAAAAGAAUGCCCUCGGUCGAGCGGAUCGAUAACUCCUGCAACAAGUCCGUGGACUCGCGUAACGACGAUCUCCUAACAACGUUAACAACAAAAAGCAGAUCACGAGCGCCAAUUAAUUUCGAGGACGGUGCUGUACUGCGCUCAAAGAGCCAGAUGAGUCUUGAGGACAUUCUGGCGGGUAAGACGGAGCCCAAGCGUGCGGAAGCCCAGCUCAUUCACUCGGUAUCGCACGGAAGAUUGUCACUGGACUCCAGAGACACUAAAUCACUCGUAAAACCGAGUUUACUGGAGCCGGAAGACAAAGCAUUUGUAUCGAAAAUACCCACUUAUGGGAGAAUGAAGGCAGAUGUUGUUGACGAGUCCGGUAGACUCAGUGACAGGUCAAGAACCUCGAAGAUACCGAUGCAGAGGAGUUUGGGACGGAGGAGUGCCAGUGUCACUGACAUGAAGAAGGCCCUGGAGAAGCCCGACUAUUCUACCAAUCACCAUUCUCAGCACGGGGCACAGGGGAACCACCACAGGUGUCCAAGUUUGGACAGCAGUGUCGAGGAGAGUAUUCGCUCGGUUGGGGUGGAAAAUGAUGCCGAACGAUUUUAUGGGGAACAGUUUGGCAGUAUAAGUUCAUUGGCCAGUAGUACCAGUUUGAUAUCCCAGCAGGAGCUCGCUUUGCUUGUUGAGGAGGCGAGCCUCGAGGAGGCCAGGGGGUCGCAUGAGGUCAUUGUGGUUCUCCUGCACAAGGAGAAUCCCAGUGGCAGUGUGGGCAUCACUCUGGCUGGGGGGAUUGACUGUGAGGCUAAGGAGAUCACUGUUCAUCGAGUUUUGGCUCACUCUAUCGCUGAUAAGGACGGGAGGGUGCAGAGGGGGGACAGGAUACUCAGCAUCAAUGGGAGGAGUACGAGGGGGCUCAGUCACAGGGAGAGUCUGGCGGUUCUCAAGCAACCGAGGUCGGAGGUCGUUCUUGUCGUGUCCAGGGCCAGGGCGGAGGAGGGAGGCAAGCUCAGGACGAGAACUGAGUCCGUGGAAACUAUCGUUGAAGGGUUCGAAACUAAUGGCAUCGAAGACACUGCGUGGGGUCCCCCAACUCGCGUGGCCAUUUUUAAAGACGGUGCUGGUCUUGGCUUCAGCCUGGAGGGUGGCAGGGACAGUCCACUGGGUGAUCGAGCCCUCGUCAUAAAGAAAAUAUUCACUGGUGGUGCUGCUGAGAAAACAGGUGCCUUAACUGCCGGCGACCAAUUGCUAGAGGUCAACGGUACUGACGUGACUCGUCUGUCGAGAAUCGAAGCGUGGUCCUUGAUGAAGAAACUACAGGAUGGAGAAGUUAAUCUCCUAGUCAGGCACCCAGCCACCAAGUCAUCGUGAAUGUUCAAACUGUUUAGUCACAUUGAGGGGGAAGAAGUCGCAGAACAACGAUUAAAUAUUCGAUUAUAAUUAACUAAUAAAUCGUAAAAGCUGCUGCAUAGCUUUAAAAAUAGAAUAAAAUGAAUGUAAAUACUGAAAACGUAAAUCAUUAGUUUACGUUGGCCGUGAGAAGUCCAUUGCAUUUAGACUAGAGCAUCCUUGCCUUACGUAUUAAAACGAAAAAAAAGUAAUAUAAAUUAUUUGAAUUUUCCUCGGACUGCUCAUCGAAGGAAAAGAAUUGCAUGAUGAGAACAUUUAUUAUUUUCAUGGAGGGGAAGCGAUUAUUGUUAAUUGUGGGCCAAUUAGGCACACAUGCUUGAGCCAUACGAUCCUGCAUAGGACUUAAUAAUUUUUCUCCUUAUUUUUAAUGGUAAUUCAAUCUAUGAAUUGUAACAGUGCUGGCAGUGCAAUAAUUAUGGUCAGGAUACGGCAUUAAAGCUUCUAGUUUCAGUCAGAAUUAUUUAGCCUAAUAUUUAAAAAACAAGAAACAUGCCGCCAUUGCCUUAUAAACUUAAUUAAUUAAUUCUUAAUCGUUCAUGAAGAAAAUUGUGAGAAAGGAAUUGUAAAUAUAAUAAUUGUAUUUUGGAAUUGGCUGAAGCACGAGGGGUUUAGUGGAAGAUCAAGCGCAAUUGACGGAAAAUAUCGACUUAGAUAAUAUAAAAAAUGUUGCUAAUUUAAGGAAAAGUCUAUUUUAUUGGAGUAUUUAAAUUUAAAUUGUAAACUUGAGAAAAUGCGUUUGUUGAUUAUCGUGCUGUGAUAUGUGGGGGAUCGGCAUAUGAGACUAACUAAUUAGUAUUUGUAAAGUGGUGUAAACUUCACUGCGAAUGAUUUUUUUCUUCGUUCAAUUGUUUUUUUCUAUUAGUCAAUAUGCAUUUACUUAUUCAAGCGCUGUUAAUGUAUCGCUUAAUUUUCUGUCUCUAAAUGUUUUGUAUCUGUAUUUUCUUCUUUUCAUUCGUAAACAAAACGUAUGUUGAUGAUGUUUAAAUAAAUGAUCCACGGUUAUUUGGAUUUUUUAACUAA